CUCGAUAUGUGGUGAAGAGUUGAACUUGAAUGUGGAAUCGUAGUAAUACUAAUACUAAAUUACUAAUAGUAUUUGACUGAUUGAAAACUCCAUGUUUCUUACUGCAAAAGUGUCGUGUGACGCCUCUAGUUCAAAUAGGCGGCUUCGUACCGAAUCGUCAGGAUGGCGAUGCGACUUCGCCACAACUCGCAGAGCGAUCCACUUGAACUGACCUCUGACCUCAAUGGUGCUGGGCAGCUCCUUGAGACCAGCGGAGCUAUACUCCCGCCUGUCCCCGAGACUCCAGGCCGGGGCGAGAAUCCCUGCCGCGAGGGGGUGCUGUCGUCAGACGUGCUCGAUCACAUUUCGUCGUCGCAGGCUAUUGUUAAUGGACAGCAUUCGUCGGAGAGCAAGAAGCUGCUGCUGGAGGACGAGGAUGAGGUGUUACCGAGUGACGCUCGCCUCGGACUGUUCAGCAUGAGAGCAAUUGCUUUCCUCGUGCUCUGGUACCUGUUCAGCUUCUGUACGCUUUUCCUGAACAAGUACAUCCUGACUACGCUGCACGGAGAACCGACGUUGCUAGGAGCAAUGCAGAUGUUGAUGACACUCAUCUGUGGAUUCAUACAGAUGCACUUCCCGUGUGGGAUGUUCAAGCGAGUGGAGCGACAUGGCAAACCGGCCAACUUCGUACGAAACAUGCUUCUUCUUGGAUGCAUGAGGUUCACCACUGUGGUUCUAGGGUUGGUGGCGUUGAAGUUUGUCGCGGUCUCAUUCACAGAGACUGUAAAAAGCUCGGCGCCCAUCUUUACUGUCAUAAUCUCACGUCUAUUGCUCAAUGAACGCACAGGGUUUUUGGUGCAUCUCUCUCUCAUCCCACUGAUGGGUGGACUCGCUCUGUGUAGCGCCAACGAACUCAGCUUCAACAUAAUCGGCUUUAUAGCCGCACUUGCCACGAAUAUCUGUGAUUGUCUUCAGAAUGUUUUUUCUAAGAUGUUGAUCAGUGGAGAAUCUUUUAAGUAUACGCCAGCUGAGUUACAGUUCUAUACCAGCAUAGCAUCUGUGGUCGUGGAGAUCCCUGCAGUGCUGAUGUUAAUGGACUUUGAUCAUGUGAGGGCGACCGUUGAUCACAACCUCCUGAUCGCCCUCCUCGCGGACGGAGUCUUCUUCCACUUCCAAAGCAUUACCGCCUACGUACUGAUGAGUUACAUAUCUCCCGUCACACACAGUGUCGCCAACACUGUGAAGAGGGCGCUGCUCAUCUGGUUGUCGGUGAUCGUGUUCGGUAACUCUGUGACGGUGCUUAGCGCGGUGGGCACGGCCAUUGUUCUCGUCGGAGUGCUCCUCUACAACCAGGCGCAAACUCAUGAUCUGGUCCGGCGUGCCAAACUAGACGUGCUGAGGCAGGCAGUGACUGUGUGAGCGC